AUGGAGGAAGCAGGAAUCAUCCAAGAAUCAAGAAGCCCAUAUGCAUCACGUAUAGUAGUGGUCAGAAAGAAAAAUGGGUCAGUACGUCUUUGUAUUGAUUACCGUACACUGAACAAGAGAACUAUUCCUGAUCAAUAUACCUUGCCAAGAAUAGAAGAUCUUUUGAAUGCCUUGAAUGGCAGCCGGUGGUUCAGUGUCUUAGACCUACGCUCUGGAUACUAUCAGGUUCCUAUGAAGGUGGAGGAUCAAGAAAAAACAGCUUUUAUUUGCCCUUUAGGAUUCUUCCAAUUUACUCGCAUGCCUCAAGGCGUUACCGGAGCUCCUGCAACUUUUCAGCGAUUGAUGGAGAAAACUCUAGGAGAUAUGAGCCCUAGGGAAUGUCUAGUUUAUCUGGACGAUAUAAUUGUGUUUGGAAGAACCCCUGAAGAGCAUGAGAAACGACUAUUAAAAGUAUUGGAUCGUCUACAAAGAGAAGGCCUGAAGUUGUCUCUUGAUAAGUGUAAAUUUGCCCAGACUUCUGUGACAUAUGUUGGGCACAUUGUAUCAGCAGAUGGUGUUGCCACAGACCCAGCCAAAGUAGAAGCUGUUGUCAACUGGCCUAGGCCCAACAACAUUGAAGAAUUGCGUUCCUUUUUGGGAUUUUGUGGCUACUACCGCCGUUUUGUAGAAGGCUAUUCAAAGAUAGCCCGAAGCCUCCAUGACCUCCUGAAAGGGGACUCUAGGAAGGGAGCGCAAAGGACUGCUCACUCCAAGGAACCUAUCGGAGUGAAAUGGACUCCGGAUUGUGAAGAGGCUUUCCAACUGCUCAAGAGAAAGAUGACUGAAGCACCUGUAUUAGCUUAUGCUGAUCACAAUAUGUCAUAUAUUCUCCAUGUAGAUGCAAGUUUUGAAGGACUAGGAGGGGUUCUCCAUCAGGCGUACCCUGAAGGCCUAAGGCCAGUAGCAUAUAUUAGUCGGAGUCUUACUGGAAGUGAAAAGAACUACCCAGUACACAAGUUGGAGUUUCUUGCUCUGAAAUGGGCUAUUGUGGACAAAUUGCAUGACUAUUUGUAUGGUGCCCAGUUUGAAGUGAGGACAGACAAUAACCCUCUCACCUACAUCUUAACCACAGCUAAGUUGGAUGCCACAGGACACCGGUGGCUAGCAGCCCUAUCUAACUAUGAUUUCUCUUUAAAAUACAAGCCAGGUCCUAAAAAUGUGGGAGCAGAUGCUCUAUCUAGGAGGCCUGGAUUACCUGUUACCAAAGAAGAUGAGGAGUGGGUUGAGAUUCCAGGCCCAGGAGUCAGAGCCCUAUGUCAGACCUCUAUUGUGGAAGAUGGAUGGGUCAAUUUUUCUGAGUUAAGAUGUAUUGAUUCUCUUAGUUACACACCCAAGGCAAUUCCUGAAGCCAUGUGCCUUCCAAUUACUAUCCCUGAAUGGUCUGUUAUCAGCUUAGAUGAGAAAAAACAAGCUCAAGCUCAAGACCCAGUAAUCGGCCAUCUCAUAAAAGCUGUGGAAAAGCAGGAUCUCAAGUAUGUAAAGAAAUUGCCUGUCGAACUACAAACCCAUUUUAAAAGGGAGUGGAGUCGAUUCUGUAUUGAGAAUGGAAUCCUAUUCAGAGUCAUACAAUACCAUGAUCACCCUGGUCGAAAACAGUUGGUUCUUCCCCAAAAGUUCAGAGGAAUGGUGCUCAGAUCCCUACAUGACCUCCAUGGCCAUUUAGGAAUUGAUAAGACUUUCGGCCUAAUCCAGGAUCGAUUCUACUGGCCUUACAUGAGAGAGUCUGUGGAGAUGUAUUGCCGAAGGUGUAGAAGAUGCAUCCAGCGGAAGACUUUGCCUACUCGUGCUGCCCCCAUGGGUCACCUAACAAGUUCUGGCCCUAUGGACUUAGUAUGUAUGGACUUCCUAUGCAUCGAACCUGACUCUACUGGUAAGAGCAACGUGUUAGUGAUUACAGAUCAUUUUACUCGAUAUGCUCAAGCUUACCCCACCAAGGAUCAGAAGGCAGCCACCGUCGCUAAAGUGUUAUGGCAGAAAUUCUUUACCCAUUAUGGUUUUCCUAAACGAUUGCAUUCAGACCAAGGUCGAGAUUUUGAAAGCCGAAUAAUUAAAGAAACGCUGAGAUUGUUACAGAUUGAGAAAAGUAGAACGACUCCAUAUCACCCUGAAGGAGAUGCUCUUCCAGAGAGAUUCAAUCGAACUCUAUUGGACAUGCUGGGCACUCUCAAGGAUGUGGAGAAGAGGAAUUGGAGUCAACAUGUAGAAACUCUCGUCCACGCUUAUAAUUGUACCAGACAUGAAUCCACUGGGUUUUCUCCUUACUUUCUGAUGUUUGGCCGGGAGGCAAGGUUGCCCAUUGAUAUCCGUUUAGGAGUGUCUUCUGAUGGUAUGAGCCAUACUUCUCAUAAUCAAUAUGUUAGGAAUCUGAAAGAGAGUUUACAGAGGGCCUAUGAGUUGGCUGAGCGAGCUACCGACAAGAUUAAUGAAAAUAACAAGCGGAGAUAUGACUUCAAAGUACGUUACAAAGACAUCCAACCUGGAGAUAAAGUACUCUUGAGAAACCUGGGAGUUCCAGGGAAACAUAAAUUAGCAGAUCGCUGGAGAAAUACCCUCUUUGAGGUUAUUUCCAAAGUUCCCGGAAUUCCUGUGUAUCGAAUCAAAGGGCCUGAGGGUAGGAUCAAAGCUUGGCAUAGAAAUCACCUAUUACCUAUUGCCUUCUCUGAUGAAAAUUCUAGUUCUGAGGAAGACACUGGUGAAGCCAAUACAAAUUCUAGCAUACAGCCUCUUUCAGAAACUGACUCAGACAACCCUGGAGAAGGUCCCAGUGGGACAUCGCAAACUACUGAUAAAAAAGAAGCUACUGCUUCCAGCCCUGAAAGAGAUUGGUGGACAGUGCCAGAAACACAGUCGGUGCCUCCUACCUCUACUCCCUCUCCUUCUUCCUCCUCAUCCGGAUUGAAUGCUGAGAGUCCCAACUUUGUUCCCCAUCCACCAGUCAGGGACUCUAACUCUAUGGAAGGAUCUGGGCAACCACAGAGCAACCUGGGGAGAUGCAGAAGAAAUAGGAGACCCCCAAGAUUCUUGACCUAUGAUACCAUUGGGCAACCCACCUAUUCUCAGGACCCCCACACUUGCACUAAAUUAAUCAAUGUAUUGCAUGUUUUGACUGAAAUAAUGAAUGAUAGAACUUCCUUGUAUUAG